AUGAGGUCGCUGGCUAUUACGUUAUGGGUGGCAGUAGCCAUCGCAGUUGCCGUUGCGGUGCCCGUCAAGGAAACUGAAGCUGAAGUAUCAAGAGAAAAAAGAUCACCAUUUGGAUGGCAUUCCGAACCCGAGGGUGUAUGGGAGAAGAAACUUAUAUGGCGCGAAGACUGGAAAAAGACGUGGAAGAAGGAAGCCAAGGUUGAAUGGAAGAUUGAACACGUGAAGGAGAAAAUACCAGCUUGGAAAACGGAAAAGGUCCAACAAUGGCGAGAAGAACAAGUGCCCGCUUGGAAAAUUCAGAAAAAACCUAUCAUUAAGGAAAUUCAAGUGCCCAUUACUAAGGAGAUUAAAGUUCCGGAUUGGAAAAAGGUUUAUAAACCAAUUUGGCGUGAGAUCCAAGUUCCCGUGACAAAAACUAUCGAAGUUCCGGAAUGGAAGCAGAAUUACGUACCUGAAUGGGUCAAAGAGGGCGUGCCCGGAGAGAAAUAUUUAGGAAAAGAUCAUCAUGGCUGGGAAUACACCAGCCACGAUCUUUGGAGGAAGAAGUUAGUAUGGCGCCCUGUUUGGAAAAAAGUACAUAAAACCGUGCAGAAACAGGAAUGGGUAAAUAAGAAGACGCUUGAGUGGAAGGAAGAGUGGCAGCAGAUAUGGCGUAAAGAACACAAAACGGAAUGGGUAACACAGAAGAAGGAAGAGUGGGUUGAAGAGAAGGUUCAAGUGUGGAAAACAAUAAAGAAAGUCCAGUUAGUUCCAGUAAAGAAGCAGGUGUGGUUGGAAAAAACUAAAGAGGUCAAAGUCCCCGUGACACACUACGUUGACGUUCCCGUAUUCAAGAAAGUUUGGACUCCCGUGUGGAGAAAAGUGUGGGUCCCACAUGAACAUCACGAUCACCAUGAACACCAUGGAUGGGAUUAA